GGUAGAUGACGUAAGCACGUCCGCAGCCUAGCAGCAGAACAGACGGCGUAAACAAAGCGGAGAGCUACAAGUGGGCUAACGCUAAUUAACGUUAGCUCAAGCUUCGUGAGUAAAAUACUUACAGUAGCUGAAUUCGGUUACAAUAUGGACCCGUGUUUUAUUUUAUUAGUUAGUACUCCUUUCGUCCGCACGGUAACAGACUCACUCACAUGCUGGGACUGACAUUAAACGAUUUGACAAGGUACCGUUAUUGCUAGCUAGAUUAGCUGUUGCUAACAUUAGGUAACGGGACACGGAUUUAGUAUUUCAGAAAAUGGGUGUUAACUGAAAUAACAUUACACAUGAUAACCACCACUUGAUCAGCAUCGCUGUUUACGCUGACGACUUUAAAAAAACUGCUAUUGUUAUCAUGAGUUAGCUCGCUAUGUUAGCCAAUAUAGGUUAAGAAUCGAUCAGCUGGCUGAAGUGGGUUGGAUAGUGGCUGGAUGACCACUUGAUCUCAGUCAUCUGGACUCUGACUGCGAUGUUUAGCCUGAUGGCGAACUGCUGCAACUGGCUGAAACGUUGGCGAGAGCCUGCAAGGAAAGUGACUCUGGUUAUGGUGGGACUGGAUAACGCAGGGAAGACGGCUACAGUGCGAGGAAUCCAAGGAGAGAAUCCGCAGGAUGUGGCUCCGACAGUGGGUUUUUCUAAAGUCGACCUGAAGCAGGGCAAGUUCGAGGUGACCAUCUUCGACCUGGGUGGCGGCAAAAGAAUCCGGGGCAUCUGGAAGAACUAUUACUCAGAGUCACAUGGUGUGGUGUUUGUGGUGGACUCCAGUGACGUCCAGAGGAUCCAGGAGACACGGGAGACCAUGGCCGAGGUCCUCCAGCAUCCACGCAUUGCAGGAAAACCUGUACUAGUGCUCGCCAACAAACAAGACCAUGAGGGAGCGCUGGCUGAAGCAGACAUCAUUGAGAACCUGUCGCUAGAGAAGCUUGUUAAUGAGAACAAGUGUCUCUGUCAGAUCGAGCCAUGCUCUGCCGUUCUCGGCUAUGGCAAAAAGGCCGACAAGUCCAUCAGGAAGGGCCUGAAGUGGCUCCUCAACAACAUUGCCAAAGACUACGAGGCCAUUACUGAGCGCGUGCAGAAAGACACAGCGGAGCAGCGCGCUCAGGAGGAACAGGACAAGAAGGAGAGGGCGGAGAGAGUGAGGAGGAUACGAGCCGAGAGAGAGCGGCAAGAGCGGGAAGAGGCAGAACGUGAAGGCAGGCAGAUCCAAGAAGACGAGCCUGAUGAUGACAACAUGCCCAGCCCCUUUCAACCAAUCAGCAACGUGAUCUCUGAGAACGACGACAAAGAAAAGGAGAGGAAGAGGCAAAGAGAGCAGCAGGAGGCCAGGACCAACAGCCCGAAGACAAGCGCUGAUCAAGAGGAAGAGGAGGAUGAAGACGACGAAGAGCCGGAAAAUGCCAGUUCAGUCACAACAGGCGAGCAGGACAAAAAGAAGACGAGGAAGCUGCACCUGAAGAGGAAACACAGAGUGGACCCGCUGAGGACGGAGGACGGGCCGGCAGAGAGCCCCACGCCUCCACCUCCUCCAGUGGGAUGGGCCACACCUAAAGUUUCUAGGCUGCCAAAACUAGAACCACUCGGGGACACGAGACAUUCUGAGUUUUACAAGAAGCCUCUCCCGCCUCUCGCGAACAGGCCGCGGCCUAACGGCGACGCUCAUGACAUCAUUUUUUAACCUCCUUUACUGGUUGAGGUCCUCCAAUCACGGCUCUCCCCUUUGCUUUGUGUCUCAAGCGAGCGGUGUGUAGACACCGCGGCAGACAGGCGACUUCAGACGCCGGAGCCGGUGAACGCCGACAUGUGACAGACACAGGAAAAACACAGGAGCAUCAUGGGAAAUGCAGUCCUGCUCUGAAGCUGGUUCAUGGUUUCACAUGUUCAGUGUGAACCUGCCUGAAAUGAUUUUAUGUCCCAAAAGCACGUUUGGUGCUGAACUCUUUUCGCGACUGUAGACUGAAACCUUUUCUUAUUGUUUAUACCAGUGUUAGACGGUUUGGACUCACUUUGUCCAACUGGCUUUUAAUUGACAAAGAAUGUAAAUAUGUCCGCUAUAACCUUAUAUAUGUUUAUGUCUGUUACUGAAAAACUGAUUUGUAUACAUGCCGCCAUUAAAAAUGACCAUAUUUCGUUGAUUUAUUUUUGCACCUGCGGUUUUGUAGUGAAAAAAAAAGGUGUGUACGAUAUCUUGGAGGUCUUAAGUGGCUUUUUACAGCUGAGUGCUUUAAAUAAAAUCUUUAUAAAGUCAGAAACAUUUCCCUUUUUACUACAAAGCUGAAACGAGGGGAACUGUGGAAGUGAUUUGCUACACUACACUGUACUUUACAUGUCGAAAAUGUUACACUACAUUGUUGUUGGUAAUUGACCUUUUGCUAAGCCCCUCCCACACAACGGCAAUAGCCAAGUCCAACAUCAGUAACUAACUAUGCCUGUCAAGCUUUCAGUGUUCUGUAUAACCCUAUCACUUAUAUGGUAACGUUGAGAUUAGAGGUUGGGUCCUAGUUUGUUCUCUCCUUGUCCUGGUGAUCGGCACAUCUGGGUGAUGCUGUUAACUGUGCGUAAAGAUGUUGGAUGUGUUUCAUUUAAUGUAAUGUUACCCUGCAGUCGUGGAGCAUUGCUGACACACUGUCCUUGUCUAUGGUGCUGAAAGCUUCACGAGUUAUGGCUUAUAUGCUGCCGUUUUGUAGAAAAUGACAAAGGCCAUGGAUGUUUUUUGGUCAAUUAUUGAGUUAAUAUAUUGUUAUUUUAGCGGCAUAGAAGUUUUUUCUCUGUGGCUUGUAGAUUUAUAACCACUUGAAUGGCAAGCCUUUUGUGUAAACAACCUCCCAUGUCCUAUUUAGAAAUUUACAAGUUCCAUUUAAAAGCAGUACACACCACUCUCUCUGUAUUGGUUGUAGCUGACCGGAAACCCAAUUUCAUGUGUCUGCAAUAGUGUGACAGGUUUAACCAGUGACCCUGCUAACUGGCGACUUUGUCAAGAUUGUACAAAGUCUUCAAUCUGAUUUCAAAGAAAGGAAUAUGCUUAAUUUUAAAUGUACACCAUGAAAAAUUGUACAAUCUCGUGUGUCUCGUGGUGUAUCACACCAGACAGACUGGACCUUGAAAGUGCUUUAAAGGCGCUCAACUUUUACUCUCGCUGUACGAACCCUGCCUUCACCAAAUGAGUCUGUGGUCGCAGUACUUACAAUAGCUGUCAAAAAAAAAAGGAAAAGAAAAUAUGCUGUUCUCUUUGCUUAGUUUUUUAUUUCACCAAGUAAGGAUCGCCUGAGAAUGCAUAUGUAACCUUGAAUAGCUUUAAACACUAAAACGCCAAAAGCUUUUUUCAACAGUUAACAGGGUCACAACUUUAACUGUAACAAUGGCUUGCAAGCUUAUGCUAAUCUUAGCACAUGUUGCCAAUGGCAUCCGGCUGAAAGUUUCUAACACUCUGGAGUCAUAACACAAUAUUUGCUUUCUAAAAACUGUAUAUUGACCUACCCUGCUGUAAAAACAUUGGCAUCCUUGUAUAUGUUUGUUGUCAAAGUGAAUUUUUAUGACGUGGAAAGCCUGACUACUAAUUUUAAUGUCCUCUUCAUUCACAAAGAUGACAUAUUACGUGAAUGUAUCUCUCAAAUGCAUAUUGCAGUGCUUUUUGUCCUUUUCUCUCUGAUAUUUCAAACUAAUAUUAUAAAUUGGCAAACAUUUCCUGUGUGAAAGCUUGACAGGUAUAGCAACGGCUACCAAUGUGGGGCUGCACUUAGCAAAGGGUCAGUUGUUCAAUUUUAAAUAUUGUAAAGUUUUUACGGCCAGGAAAAGAUGAGUUAAAUCUGUAAUAGGGAAUAUUUUCUGUCUCCUGCCAGCAGCAUCAUAAAUGAUCUUUUUAUUUAUUGUUAAAUAUGUAAACAUAUGAAAAUAUAUGUCUUUAUUUGUCUACAGGGCUACAGAUUUUUUUUUACGCAUUCUGCUGUUUACACUGUGUACGUGUUUUUUAAGUGAUAUUUCUCUCGGGGCACGACUCACACUCGCUGCCUCUCCGGUGGCCCUGAGGUGCCAGCCAGCGCUGCUGUUGUUGUUCCUCCAGCUUUUUCCAUUCUUUUGCACCCAUUUUCACUUUGAAAACAGCUAAAAUUGCAUCUCAAAAAGCACAAACACACAUGUGGAGACUUGGAACACAACAUUGCCCCAGUUUAGUUCCUGUGAGUUGGAAGAGUUUGCAGUGGGACGAUGAGGGAGGAGAAAAUAUCAUUACACGAACACCUGGAACAGCCAAUACUGGGUCACAACACAUGAGAAUAUGUGUAGCAAAAGAACACCACGAAAUAUCACUUUAAAACUACAAUGUUGUAUCUCAAUUCUACAGUACGGCACUCACUCUCUUGUUAAUGAGCUAGAUGUUUGAAAAAAUAUUUUUUCUACCCAGUUUGAAUUUUAUAACCGCACAAUAAAAGAUGUUUUAAAUAUA